AUGGCGGAGCUUACUGAGACGGAAGGACCAGUAGAUUGGAAAGAACGAUGUGUGGCUCUGGAGUCCCAGCUCAUGAAGUUUAGAGUUCAAGCAAGCAAGAUAAGAGAGCUUCUGGCUGAGAAGAUGCAACAGCUUGAGAGACAAGUUAUCGAUGCUGAGCGUCAAGCAGAAAAAGCUUUUCAACAGGUACAAGUUAUGGAGGAGAAAUUAAAAGCGGCUAACAUUCAAACCAGUGAAUCAGAGACAAGGUUGUAUAAAAAGUGUCAAGACCUGGAGACCCUAAUACAGGAAAAAGAUGACAUUAUUCAAAACCUGGAACUUCAACUUGAGGAACAGAAACAAAUAAGGAUACAAGAAGCUAAGAUAAUAGAAGAGAAAGCAGCUAAGAUCAAAGAAUGGGUAACACUUAAAUUAAAUGAGCUGGAAUUAGAGAAUCAGAAUCUUCGUUUGAUCAACCAAAAUCAAACCGAAGAGAUAAGAACAAUACAGUCAAAACUACAAGAAGUUCAAGGGAGGAAGUCCUCCACUGUCUCCGCACCAAAGCUUUCGGAAGGCCAGCGCCUAAGCAGUUUGACCUUUGGGUGCUUUUUAUCCCGAGCACGAAGUCCUCCUCAAGUGGUAAAAUCUGAGGAAAUGAGCAAGAUAUCAUCUAAAGAACCUGAGUUCACUGAGGGAAAGGACAUAGAAGAAAUGGAAAUUCCAGAAAAGUCGGGCGAGAACCAAAUCCAGGAAAACACCCGGAGUCCGAGAAUAUUGCAUCAGACCCCUUGUGUCUCAGGACAGAAUCGGAAAACAAGAACGAGCUUUGCAGCAGAUGGUGGCACAUCCCAGAAUUCUGGGGCUCCAGGGAGUGACUGGAGUUCAGACGAGGAAGGCGGGAGCAAAGGAAGGUCCAAGUGCAGGUACACGUCCACCCUUUCCAGUCACACGUCAGAGGAAGGCGUCCAGUGUAGCAGAAUGGGCAGUGAGGCGUAUCUGACAGCCUCUGAUGACAGCAGUUCCAUAUUUGAGGAAGAGACUUUUGGCAUGAAGAGACUGGAACACAAGAAGCUGUAUUCUUGGCAACAGGAGGCUCAGUGGAAAGCUCAGAACUGUCCUCUUGGAAAGGGCAAUUCUGAAUCAGGUAAAAAGGAGCACGAUAGCUCGUCGGAUGAACUGAAUAAAAAAUUUCAGUCUCAAAGGCUGGAUUAUUCAUCUUCAUCCAGCGAGGCCAACACCCCAAGCCCUAUUUUGACCCCAGCUUUGACUCCAAAGCAUCCUAACUCACUCCCUGGAAAAGGAACACAAUUAGUGCCUUCAUCAAACCUGCCACCCCCGAAGUUAAGGAUCCCUAAUGUUUUCAGUAUAAGCGUGGCACUAGCCAAAAGGCACCUGAGCCAGCCACAGUUAAGUUCUGACAGGAUGUUUGCUACAAACAGAAAUGCCAUCAGCAUGAUCCGGCCGCUCAGACCUCAGGAAACAGAUCUUGAUCUAGUUGAUGAUGACGGUACAGAAAUUUUAGAGAAUAUGGAUACUAGCUGUGAUGACGGAUUGUUUUCCUAUGACUCCCUGGAGUCCCCGUGCUCUGACGACCAGGAAAGCUGUGACUCAGCCAAGAAGCCGGCGUGCAGCAAACCGCCAACUCCACCCCUGCACCGGUUUCCCUCUUGGGAGAGCAGAAUUUAUGCUGUAGCCAAAUCAGGGAUUCGAAUGUCUGAGGCCUUCAGUGUGGAGAAUGUUAAUAAAAAUUCUGCCCCUCUGCUCUCCUAUACCACAUCAGGACUCUAUACGUCUCUGAUAUACAAGAAUAUGACAACCCCAGUGUAUACAACUUUGAAGGGGAAGGCGACCCAAAUAAGCAGCAGCCCGUUCCUGGACGACGACUCUGCGUCAGAGGAAGAAGACAGUUCCCGGUCCAGCUCCCGGACGUCGGAGUCGGACACGCGCAGUCGCAGCGGGCCAGGCAGCCCCAGAGCCAUGAAACGAGGUGUGUCUCUCUCUUCUGUGGCUUCUGAAAGUGAUUACGCCAUUCCCCCAGACGCGUACCCCACAGACACAGAACACUCACAGCCGGAGCAGAAGCUUCCUAAAACGUGCUCAUCUUCCAGUGAUAACGGGAAAAAUGAACCCCUGGAAAAAUCUGGCUAUUUAUUAAAAAUGAGUGGUAAAGUCAAGUCUUGGAAGAGGAGGUGGUUUGUUCUCAAAGGCGGUGAAUUACUUUACUAUAAGUCUCCGAGCGAUGUAAUUAGAAAACCCCAGGGCCAUAUUGAACUUAGUGCAACCUGCAGUAUUUUAAGAGGAGAUAACAAGCAAACAGUUCAGCUGACCACUGAAAAACACACAUACUAUCUGACUGCAGAUUCUCCCAAUAUACUGGAAGAGUGGAUUAAAGUAUUGCAGAAUGUUCUCCGAGUACAAGCUGCCAACCCACUUUUUCUGCAGCCUGAGGGCAAACCGACGGUGAAGGGAUUGCUCACCAAGGUAAAGCAUGGCUACUCCAAGAGAGUCUGGUGUACACUUAUAGGAAAAACACUGUACUAUUUUCGUAGUCAAGAAGAUAAGUUUCCUUUAGGUCAGAUCAAACUCUGGGAAGCUAAAGUUGAAGAGGUUGACAGAUCCUGUGAUUCAGAUGAAGACUAUGAAGCCAGUGGGCGAAGUCUGUUAUCCACACAUUACACCAUCGUGAUCCAUCCCAAAGACCAAGGUCCCACUUACCUCCUAAUCGGAUCCAAGCAUGAAAAGGACACUUGGCUUUAUCAUUUGACUGUUGCAGCAGGAAGUAACAAUGUAAAUGUUGGAUCUGAAUUUGAACAACUGGUUUGCAAACUGCUCAAUAUUGAAGGAGAACCUUCCUCUCAGAUAUGGAGACACCCUACUUUGUGUCACAGCAAAGAAGGAAUCAUUUCCCCACUGACAACCCUACCCUCUGAAGCUCUACAGACAGAAGCUAUUAAAUUAUUUAAGACAUGCCAGCUUUUCAUAAAUGCAGCCGUUGACUCGCCUGCGAUUGAUUACCACAUAUCUCUAGCCCAGAGUGCUUUGCAAAUCUGUCUGACGCACCCUGAGCUACAGAAUGAAAUUUGCUGUCAGCUCAUUAAACAGACAAGACGGAGACAGCCUCAGAAUCAACCAGGACCGCUGCAGGGCUGGCAGCUCUUGGCUCUCUGUGUUGGGCUCUUCCUUCCCCACCAUCCUUUCCUGUGGCUCCUCAGACUCCAUCUAAAGAGGAAUGCAGAUUCCAGGACAGAAUUUGGAAAAUACGCGAUUUACUGCCAGCGGUGUGUAGAAAGAACACAACAAAAUGGAGACCGAGAAGCAAGACCGUCAAGAAUGGAAAUUCUUUCAACCCUUCUUCGAAACCCUUAUCAUCACUCUUUGCCCUUCAGUAUCCCCGUGCACUUCAUGAAUGGGAUAUAUCAGGUAGUUGGAUUUGAUGCAUCCACCACAGUGGAAGAGUUUUUGAAUACUUUGAACCAGGAUACAGGAAUGAGAAAGCCAACACAGUCUGGCUUUGCGUUAUUCACAGAUGAUCCCUCUGGCCGGGAUUUAGAGCAUUGUCUUCAAGGAAACAUCAAGAUUUGUGACAUUAUUUCUAAGUGGGAACAGGCUUCCAAAGAACAGCAGCCUGGGAAAUGGGAAGGUUCGAGAACUGUUCGUCUAACUUAUAAAAACAGACUGUAUUUCUCAAUGCAAGCCCGUGGAGAGACUGAUAGAGAAAAGUUGCUGUUAAUGUAUCAGACAAAUGAUCAAAUAAUAAACGGACUUUUUCCUCUGAACAAGGACCUGGCAUUAGAAAUGGCAGCUCUUUUAGCUCAGGUGGAGAUUGGAGAUUUUGAAAGACCCUUUUCAACUCCAGCAGGGCAUGUUACUAAUCAGUGCAAAACAAAUCAAACUCUAAAACAAGUCAUAGAAAAAUUUUAUCCUAAAAGGUACAGAGAUGACUCUUCUGAAGAACAGUUAAGGCAGCUCUGCCAGCGACUGUCAACUAGAUGGAUGGCCCUCCGGGGACACAGUGCUGCUGAUUGUGUGCGCAUUUAUUUGACAGUAGCCAGGAAGUGGCCGUUCUUUGGUGCCAAGCUGUUUCUCGCAAAACCCGUAAGUCCAUCGCCACUCGGAAAUACUUUCAUGUGGCUGGCUAUCCAUGAGGAUGGUUUAAGCAUCUUGGAAUACAACUCCAUGAGGUUAAUAAUCAGCUAUGUGUACAAGAGUCUAAUGACCUUUGGAGGUCAUCAAGAUGAUUUUAUGAUAGUCAUUCACAGUACACAUUCAAAGGACAAACCGACAGAGAAAUUACUUUUUGCCAUGGCAAAACCCAAGAUUCUCGAAAUCACUCUUUUGAUCGCCAGUUACAUAAACAACUUCCAUCAGCAAAAGGCAGCCUUCCACCACCUCUCUGCGCCAGCUCUGCUCUCAGCCCAGGCCCGGGGGCCGCCGGAAGCCAGGACAGUGGGGGGCCCGCCCCUGCCGUCGGGCAGCAGACCCACCAAAGGCCCCACUCUGCUCUGAAAGCUCCGGAUCCCAACUUUCACUCCCGUCCUCCAGGCAGUGGCUGCAUCCGCUGCAAAUAAGUGCAUUGACGCCCUGGCAGCAUGGCGCCCCCACGCGGGUGUUCCAAAGUUCAAAAAUGUGGGGGCUUCUCUCUCUCA